ACUGGGACGUGUGGUACCUUCUUCACCUCCCAGCCCCGGCAGCCCCGGCAGCCCCGGCGCAGAGCUGGAGAGGGAGACGGACCCGAGCGCAAGUCGCGGGCCCAGCUGUGAGCCCGGCGGGAGACAAUCCGCCGUCCGCGCUCGAGAGACGCCGCGGCCGCAGGUCAGACCCAGGAGGGCAUCCCCCGCCCGCGGGCCCGGGCGCUCCGGGGAAGGUGACUGCGGUGGCGUGUGCCCCAGCGCCGCCACGUUUUUGAGGGAAGGGGAAUUCUAGCUUUGGCCCCCCUGCGCCUCCGUUCUUAACCUGAGGCUAAAAUGAGCCUGUGAGGUCCUAUCCUCCGCCCCCACCCCCCUCAACGACUGUUUGGAGAGACUGGAUGCUUUGGGAACUGGGAAUGUUGGGUGGCCUAGUUUGCCUGGGCCUAGGGGCUCUCUCUGGAGUUCCUCCUGGUUCCAGCACAUCAUGCCAAAAAGGGAACUUUGGGCAUUUAGAGUCCAGGCUUUCCCCUUCAGCCCUCGCUUGGGACCACGUUGGACUACCUAUGGAGCUGACUCAUCUUUUCCCUAGCCCAGGGUCACCACACUAGGGCUUUGGGCCUGGAAAGCAGCCAUGUAGGGAAAGAACCAGGCAACCUGUGUUCCCUCCUGGUUCUACCACAGCCCCGGGGGCUUCACUGCCUUGUCAUGAGGCUGUGCUUUCUUUUCAAGGCUGUUGGGAAGUUACGGAACCAGCGAUGCUGCGUAAAUGGUUGUGGCUACCCACCCAAAAGGAGUGGUUAUGAAGCACGUCCACCUUCCCCUUCAGUUUCUCCCCACAGCCUGGCCUGAAAGCUCACCGCAUGCUUUUACCGGUUGAGUGGUACACCUGGCUGGGGCCCAGACUCCUGAAGACAUAGUGGUGGGGGGAAGGGGCAAGACAUCCUGGAUCAGGGAAGAACCACUGUGGCCACUUCAGCAUGUCCAGCCUUUUGCCUUUAACCAUCCAAAGCCCUUCACUGGGGUGGAGUGAGUGGAAUGCUGAGCUUUUGAAUUAUGCUGGGCCUACAUUUUUUUCAUUUGUUUAAUGGGAGAUGUCAAGUCGGGGAGGAGAUCAUCCUCUGGGUUCCCUCCUCUGUGACUAGACGACAACCUGUCCAGGAGCCCUGAGGGUUUGGCUAGGGAUGAGGCUUUCCCUGAGCUCCUACCUUCCUCUGCUAGACAGUUCCCCAGCCCCGCCCCACCCCCUUCUCCAUAUUGCCUUUAGGAGGUCUUCACUGGCCUUAGGCACUCCUUGCGCCACUCAGGAGUCCCAGCCUGAGUCCCCUGCUGCCUCUGUUUCCCUGUCAUCCCUAGGUGAUUUGUUGGCCUGGGAGAGAGAGCAGGAAGCCAGCCCCAAACACAUAAGCACCGGGGGCUGCAUCCUUUCUGAGUCUGCCCAGAGAAGCCAAGUUCCAGCCUACCCUCUCUAUAUCACAUUUACAUAACAUCUGUCACUUUUCUUGCUUGGAAUUCAACCUCAUUCUCACAUUUGAUUCUGGCAACCAGGCUAGGAGGUAGACAGUUCAGGCAUGUGUACUCCCAUAGCCAGAAGAGGAAACCAAGGUCCAGAGCAGAUAAGUGACCUGCCUAAGAUCACACUAGUGGACUGUCAGCCGCACAGUAUCCUGGCCUCAACCCAGUGUUCUGGCCCCCAAGCAAGACUCUGUCCAAGGAACACACACACACACACACACACACACACACACACACACACACGGUAGGAAGCUGAGUCAAAGCAAGGUUUCCAAUUAAUCUGAGAAAGUAAAGUCCAGGAAAGCAGAGAUUUCUGUCUGCUUUGUUUAUCACUUAAUCUCCAGUGCCUAGGUCAGUGCCCACUAUGUAGUGGGUGCUUAUCAAGUGUUUGUUGAGUGAAUGAAAGAUUCUUGGGAGAGAGUCAGUCUCCUGCCAUUUGCUACACACUCUGGUCUUAGCCCAGCCCCAGGCCUUGAUUCAUAGGGGCCUCAAGAGGCCCUGACUCUCCUGAACUGCUGGAGCUCAUUCUCUCUGUCCUUUGUCUUUUUUCUAGGGUCUCCAUUUAGGGUGUUCUAACAACUGAGCCCUAUUAACAUUUUCAUCAUGGGCUUCCGCUUGGCUCUGGCAUGGACACUCCUGGUUGGGCCAUGGGUGCCCAUGGGAGCUCAGAACCCCAUUUCAUGGGAGGUGCAGCGAUUUGAUGGGUGGUACAACAACCUCAUGGAGCACAGAUGGGGCAGCAAAGACCAACGAGGCGACGGGCUGGCUGGACGGCAGCGCCAUCUAUGGCUCCUCGCACUCCUGGAGCGACGAGCUGCGCAGCUUCUCCGGUGGGCAGCUGGCGUCGGGGCCCGACCCCGCCUUCCCCCAGAACGCGCAGGACCCGCUGCGCAUGUGGACUGCGCCCGACCCCGCCACGGGACGGCGCGGGCCCCGGGGGCUGUACGCCUUCGGGGCGGAGCGAGGGAACCGCGAGCCCUUCCUGCAGGCGCUGGGCCUGCUCUGGUUCCGCUACCACAACCUGUGGGCGCAGAGGCUGGCCCGCCAGCACCCGCUCUGGGGGGACGAGGAGCUGUUCCAGCACGCGCGCAAGAGGGUCAUCGCCACCUACCAGAACAUCGCGAUGUAUGAGUGGCUGCCCAGCUUCCUGCAGCAAGCACCGCCGAAUUACACAGAGUACCGCCCUUUCCUGGACCCCAGCAUCUCUCCGGAGUUCCUGGCGGCCUCUGAGCGGUUCUUCUCCACCAUGGUGCCCCCUGGCGUCUACAUGAGGUCUCACGGGGGUCAUGCUGCUCCUGGCUCUCGCCAUCAUGUACGUCUUCGCCUCCCACCACUUCCAGCGCCGCAGCUUCCGGGGCUUCUGGCUGACCCACCACCUCUACAUCCUGCUCUACGUGCUGGAGUGACCCGCCUCGAGUUCCAGCGGCCCCAAGGCUUUGAGUACAAGUCAGGACAGUGGGUGCGGAUCGCCUGCCUGGCUCUGGGGACCACAGAGUGCCACCCUUUCACCCUGACUUCUGCGCCCCACGAGGACACGCUUAGCCUGCACAUCCGGGCAGCAGGGCCCUGGACCACCCGCCUCAGGGAGAUCUACUCACCCCCGACGGGUGACAGCUGUGCCAAACAUCCAAAGCUGUGCCUUGAUGGACCAUUUGGAGAGGGCCACCAGGAGUGGCGUAAGUUUGAGGUGUCCGUGCUGGUGGGAGGGGGCAUUGGGGUCACCCCCUUUGCCUCCAUCCUCAAAGACAAGUCAUCGGUCAGCUGCCAAGUGUUCUGUAGGAAGAUCUACUUCAUCUGGGUGACACGGACCCAGCGGCGGUUUGAGUGGCUGGCUGACAUCAUCUGGGGGGUGGAGGAGAAUGACCACCAGGACCUGGUGUCCGUGCACAUCUACAUCACCCAGCUGGCUGAGAAGUUUGACCUCAGGACCACCAUGCUGUACAUCUGUGAGCGGCACUUCCAGAAGGUGCUGAACCGGAGUCUGUUCACGGGCUUGCGCUCCAUCACCCACUGACCCCCCUUCGAACCCUUCUUCGACUCUCUGCAGGAGGUCCACCCAAAGGUCCAGAAGAUCGGGGUGUUUAGCUGUGACCCCCGUGGCAUGACCAAGAAUGUGGAAAAGGCCUGUCAGCUCAUCAACAGGCAGGAUGGGAUUCAUUUCUCCUACCAUCAUGAGAACUUCUAG